GCUAUGUUUUGUGUGUGAAGACAAAGUUCGGCUCGACAAUCGAUCUAUUUAUUCGUUGAACACAAACUUAAACUUUAUGUCCUCAAAAUAUCUGAGGAUUUAAAUUUCUACAUAACUUUUUUUUAAAUAGGAAAAACUGCCACAAGUUCGGAGAUCUUCCACGGCGUGAAUUUUAACCUUCCGGUAAAUUACAAAACACAAAAGAAAAUUGCCUUCAACAUUAUUAAGUUGUACAAUGGCCACUCCAGCAAAAAGGCCGUGCUUGGAGUCCGGCGAGGAAUCGUCUGCAGAAUCUUCAGGAUCGUCUUCUUCUAGCUCUGUCUUUGUGGCGCACACACCAGAAUGCCGAGGGACAAUAGAAGAGGCAGAUGCUCUGGCGAAGAAUUAUUUAGAGAGUCCUAAUGAAAACAAAGCCAGUUUAGGGAGUUGCCAACUCCUGCCAGCAGCUGUGAAAGCAGGACAUUUCAACUGCAUCGAAUCGUUACUCGACGCUGGAAUCGACGUCAACGACGAGUACUGUUGUUCUGAGAGGAAUUCAUCUCACCACCCUCACCAGUUCAGCUUUCCGAAAACGUCAUUGAUCACAGCGAUCCACAAGGGACGACUCAACAUAGUCAAACUGUUGGUCUCUCGAGGGGCCCUGGUUAACCCUUUGCAGAAGGACGACAUCGAAGACUCAUUGUUCAGAUACCCUCUUUUCCACGCUCUGAACAGGGACAACACAGAAAUGGUGGCUCUUCUCCUCGAACUUGGCGCCGAUCCAAAUAAACAUCCCGAGAGCCAAUACGGAUGCUCAUUUGUUGAGCUGGCGCUGCAGACGGGCCGCAGAAGUAUUUUCAAAAUGCUAGUGGAGCACGGAGCCCGCGUUACAAAGCCAUACAACUACAUGGUCUCAGCAAUUAAACGAAGGGACAUGGACACGUUCAAGUGUCUGGUCAAACACGACGCCUUCCUCAAUCUGCACAAGCACUUCACCCACGAUGACAAAGGUGGCCCCGAAAAAGUUUUUCAGCAAAUGAUCAAAGCCCACGAGAACGCGCCUGCCACUUUCACAAGACACAACGUAAACACUUUUCUAAAAAUGUUCAGAGUUUUGGGUUUCAACUUCUGGUCAGAGGAAACCGAGAGUUUACUGACAGACUUGAGAGCCUUGAAUAUGUUCGAUAUUUUGGAAGACGUCGAACAAGUACGAAAGCAGCCGUUGUCUUUGAAGGAGACUGCGAGGAUUGCGAUCCAGCGAAUCGUUGGAAUUCACUUGCCGAUGAGAAUCAAGCACAUGAAUUUGCCGAAAGUGCUGGAGAAGCAUCUCAGAUUCACGGAUAUCGAUGCCAUUAACCUGCAGGACAACCUGCCAAAAAACACAAUCAUGCUGGCUGGAGGACAAAGACAAGUUUUGAUUUUCCACUUCCCAACCAUGCAGUAAAUCUGUCAAAAUUUAUCUUUGUUCCCCCUUUGUUCAUAAUAUUAUAAAUAUACAAUAUAUCUACUAUCAAUAUGGCAACUUGACAUAUUUUGUUGAUCUUUUGGAGAACUGCAUUUGUUUCUUGUAAUCACCAAGCUUACUCUGGCAUUAUUAAUGAUGAGGUGAACUAAAACAUUGUUCCUAGAGUUAUGUCGAAUUACAAUAUUAUUUAUUUGUUUGUCGAUUAUAAAAAUAUUAAUUUUUGAAAUUAAA